AUGAAUAUGUUGGACGUAGAAGACGACAGCUUUGGCGUCACACGUGAGGGCUGCUCCCAUCUGAGUGACUCAGAAUGGGAGGUAGUCGGCCGCAUGAGUGUGCUCAUGGGCGAGACCGCCAUCAGUGGCAUGUUGAAGUCUCUAAGCAAAGACCAGCAACAAGCUGCUAUCGACAAGUUCCUACAAGAGGAACUUGCCGUCGAAAAACAGAAGAUAGCCUUGCUACAGCAGCAAGGCUCUCAUCUGUCGAUGGGCGGGCCGACGCACAUUCGUCGCCCGAAGCCUUGA